ACAAGGCCUAUUUGAGAGAACCCAGCCCACACCGAUCAUUUCUAGCUCCGCAAACUUCAAUUUCAGCUACAUCUCUGCAAUAGCAAACUCCGUUGAAAUUUGGUGAAGUGAAGAGAAAGAAAGAUCAGAUGGGGAAAAGAGGGAGGGCAUGCGUAGUGGUAUUGGGAGAUAUAGGCCGAAGCCCUCGAAUGCAGUAUCACGCUCUUUCCCUUUCUCGUCAGGCAUCUCUUCAAGUUGACAUUGUUGCUUAUGGAGGUUCUGAACCCCAUAUGGCAUUGCGGGAGAAUCAAUCUAUCCAUAUCCACAAAAUGAAACAGUGGCCAUCAAUUCCGCAGGGGUUGCCGAAGAUGCUUAAGCCAUUCAUGCUUUUACUUAAGCCGUUAUUUCAGUUUCUUAUGCUUCUUUGGUAUUUGUGUGUCAAAAUACCGCCCCCCGAUGUGUUCCUUGUGCAGAAUCCUCCGUCUGUUCCAACUCUGGUAGCUGUAAAAUGGGCAAGCUGGUUGAGAAAUGCCAAGUUUAUUGUCGAUUGGCAUAAUUUUGGUUAUACUUUGCUAGCAUUAUCGCUCGGAAGAAAUAGUCAAUUUGUGACAGUAUAUCGUUGGUUUGAGAGGCAUUAUGGGAAGAUGGCUCAUGGUUCCCUAUGUGUAACAAGGGUUAUGCAACAUGAAUUGACUCAAAACUGGGGAAUUAAAGCUGCAGUUCUAUAUGAUCAGCCACCUGAGUUUUUUCAUCCUGCCUCACUGGAGGAGAAACAUAAGUUAUUCUGCAGGUUAGGUAAACACAUCAGUGAGUCCCAAGGAGUUCAUGAUUGUGCCAGCCAUGGAGCUGUGGGAAUGGGUAGCCCUAAUCUCAAUGAGACUUUAUUUACAACCAUGGUUGCUGAUGAUAUUUUCUUAAAGCCAAAUAGGCCUGCUCUUGUUGUAAGCAGUACAAGCUGGACAGCAGAUGAAGAUUUUGGCAUUCUUCUUGAGGCAGCAGUUAUGUAUGAUCGACGAGUUGCUGCUAUUCUAAAUGAAGAUGAUUCUACUGUGGAAGUUCUUUGGAAUGAAAUGUCAGCUGGAAAGCAAUGUUUGUACCCUAGGUUGUUAUUCAUCAUUACAGGUAAAGGGCCAGAAAAAGAAAAAUAUGAAGAAAAAAUAAGACGGUUACAUCUUAAGCGUGUUGCAUUUCGUACCAUGUGGUUGUCAGCUGAGGAUUAUCCAUUGCUUCUAGGUUCGGCAGACCUUGGAGUGUGCUUGCAUACUUCAUCAUCAGGAUUGGACCUUCCCAUGAAGGUCGUGGACAUGUUUGGUUGUGGACUACCUGUUUGCGCUGUUGCCUACUCUUGCAUCAAGGAGCUCGUGAAAGUUGAGAAAAAUGGUCUUCUCUUCUCAUCAUCAUCAGAAUUAGCUGAUGAACUUUUGAUGCUGUUUAAGGGUUUUCCAGAAGAAUGUGAUGCACUGAAGCUGCUAAGAAAUGGUGCACUAGAAAUGGGUUCUUCAAGGUGGGCUACCGAGUGGGAAGAGCAUGCUAAGCCAUUAAUAUCAGAGGUUAUUUCUCAGAACCUGGGGUAACAUUUGCAGUUUCAGUUUGAAUCUUCUUCGAGGAUUUGAACCAGGCAAGCACAGCAAAACCCUUUUAAUGGCUUCUUUAGGAUUGGUUUAGACAAAACGUCAAAAUGAUGGCUUCAGCUUGGACAACACGGUAGCAUUCAGCUGAGAUUGUUUGUUCGUUGAAACCUUGUUUUUGCAUUUGACAGCUCUACAUUAUCUCUGAUUACCUGAAUUAUGCGACAUUUUUGUUCUCAGAAAUAUAUACCUCGUAUAUAGCAGUAGGCGUGCGUGUGCAAUAUGCAAAAUGUCUUUCCAGUCUUUAGCAACUCCAGUCUGCUUCUAGUUGUUGCAAAAGAAACUUGUGUACUUGGAAGAAGCAUUGAUUUCCAUACGUGUGAAGAGCACAAAAACCUCGUCGUUGAGAUAAGGAGUUUGGUAUCAAGGGGCUGACCCAACAGUAACUUGAGCUUUUUUGUUA